CUGGCACCAGCCCGGGCCGCGCCCGGGACCUCAUUCCGGACCUCGGUUUCCUUUUGCGUGGGGCUCGCAGCUGCCACCGCUUUCCCGCGGAGCAUGGGGCUGCCUCGCCGGGCAGGGGACGCGGCGGAGCUGCGCAAGAGCCUGAAGCCGCUGCUGGAGAAGCGCCGGCGCGCGCGCAUCAACCAGAGCCUGAGCCAGCUUAAGGGGCUCAUCCUGCCGCUGCUGGGCCGGGAGAACUCCAACUGCUCGAAGCUGGAGAAGGCAGACGUCCUGGAAAUGACCGUGCGCUUCCUGCAGGAGCUGCCUGCGUCGUCAUGGCCCACGGCAGCGCCCAUGCCUUGCGACAGUUACCGCGAGGGCUACAGCGCCUGUGUGGCGCGCCUGGCCCGCGUGCUGCCCGCCUGCCGAGUCCUGGAGCCCGCAGUGAGCGCGCGCCUGCUGGAGCACCUGUGGCGGAGAGCGGCCAGCGCCACCCUCGACGGCGGGCGCUCUGGGGAUUCCGGUGGCCCAUCUGCCCCCGCCCCAGCGCCCGCGUCUGCCCCGCAGCCCGCAUCCGCGCCCGUGCCCUCGCCGCCCUCGCCUCCCUGCGGCCCUGGCCUCUGGCGGCCGUGGUAGCCCGUCGGUCGGUCCACGGACCCUGCCGACUGCUUGGGACUUUGGGGCACUGGACAAGUUGAAGCUCUUGGUGGCGGCUGCUGUUCCCAUCACGAGGGGCCAGCCCAGUACUCACACCCAGGCCGGAAGCCGGAUGUUUGUGACUGGCGUGGCAGACUGAAAGUCCUGCGGCUGCGGCUCGGCUCGGGGAAUAAAAGGAGCGUCCCUGCUUCAGCCCCCAACUUGGCGGGAGAAGAAAGGACAAGAGGCAGCAGGAUGAAGAAGAAGCCCCCCCAUCCCAGCUGGUGGAGAUAGUUCUGGAACUGGACCCUGCAGCUGCGUGGGCAGCCGACACACCCACCCCAGCACUGGCACCAGACCAGAGCCAGAGCCAGGAACUGGGCAAAGUGCAGCUGUGCACCCUGCCUGGUCACUGCUCUCUCAGCCCUGCCUGCUCACUACUCUCCCAGCCCUACCUAGGUCUACCUUCUGCCCAGCUCUGCUUGGGACUUUCUGGGCACAAAGCAGCUAAGGGCUCUGGUCACUUCCAGGGCUCUAUGGGGCAGCAGAGCAGAGCAAAAAGAUGCAUAGGCUGGGAGCCGUCACCUCCACUCCUAGGCUUUUCUGCCCAGAGCCCCCAAUUAUAGGGGCAGUAUAUAUCCAGGGGUCUGUGCGGUGGGGCUGGGGGAUUCCUUAAGUGACUUUGAGAAGGAUUUGUUUUCCCAAGCAUCAGUUUCACACCUGGGCACUGCCCCUCAGGCUAUGCAGUCUUUCAUUGUGAGGAAGGGGCAGACCAAGAAUGAGGCUGCCUUGUGGCCUCAGGGAAACUUGUGGCUUUGGAGGAUCUGACUCCAGCACAGAGUCUGUGCCAAUGUGGGGUGAGCAAGGCCCCUGCCAUGGAGCAGCAGGAAUUAGAGGGAUGGAGCAGGUUAAAGAAUGGGAAACA